AUGCGCAAACUCAUUCGGAUUAAUUUAAUAUCUUCUUUUACUCUAGGAGACCAGCAGAGUAACAGAGGGAACUCGGAGCUUAACGGAUCUAACCCAACCCUCUCAGGAUCCGAACCCAACCUAACCCGUCUUUAUCAGGAUCAAGCUUACUCUUAUCAACAGCAGAUCGCCAGAUCUCGAGAAGUUAAAAGCAUUGUUGCUAAAAGGAUCAAUGAUCGAAGAUCUCGAUCGUCUAGCGGCAGUGAUAUUGCUUCAAAAGUUUCCACCACCUUAGAUCCGGCAGAUAGCGGAAAAAUUGUCGUGAAGACUAGUGAAUCCUCCAAUUCAUCUCAUCAGAAUCAGCGAUAUGCCGUCAGUACGGGAUUUAACGGCGGUAUCCGGGAUUCCGUUGGAAUCCGGGAAUCUUUCGAUUCCCCCGGAUCCCAUUGCUCCACCGGAUCCCCUGGGGUUAGAAUGCAGUCUCCGGGAUUCCGGAGUUCCAGCGUAAUUCGGGAAUCCAGCUCAACUGAAAUCCGGGAAAUUAAUUCCCCAGGUUUUCAGGAUGAACGGUCAUUGGCCCGGUCCGUUGUUGGACAUGGGGAUGACAAGCAGAAAAAAACAGGUGAGAAGAGUUUUACUUGCUUACGUAAGCUAUACAGUUACAAAAUCUCUCGGUCAACCGGAAGAGGUAGGGAGGGGUGGAUGUGUGGAAAAGAAUAAGGGGGGG